AUGGUGUUGGCACUCCCAGAGCAGGUGCGCCUCUUCGCUGGUGCCCACACCGUCGUCGGCCCAGUGGGCUCGGGCUUCACCAACUUAAUCUUCAUGCAGCCGACUGCUGUCGCGAUCGAGAUCCUUCAGGCGGGCCAGGUCGGCAGCAGCAGCUGGCAGUUCCAAUACGGCACUUGCCAGGCAGUGGCAGCACACUGGACAAUAGCGGCCGACACAAUGAGGGCGUGGGAGGGCGCCAAGAGCAUUCGCUCACACUCGGCCGACGACGACAUUGUAGUCACAGAGGAGCUGGCGCUCAAGAUCUGUGACAAGAUGCGGGUCUCGCCAUGUAUGUGCCAACAGCGGUUGUGA